AUGAUUAAACAACAGCAACCACAGACCAUUACAUACGCCACAUAUGCAUAUAAUUCAAAGACGGCAGAACAAACGCAAAGGUUGAAAUAUGGAGAUUUGGAGAUAGUAUUGAAAAAUGACCAUUUUGAAUUCGUUUGCAAAGGUGGUGCGGUGAUAUCAAAUAUAAAAGAAAUUUUAUUUAUGAAUUCAAAAAUUAAAGGUAUAACGGAUGAUAUAACAUCAAUUCCACCAGAAGAACAAAGAUAUUACGCAUUAAAUGCAUUUCCUAAAGUUUUGAAGAUUGGAAGAUUUAAUUUAAAUGAGGAAUUCAUAAAAGGUUUCCUAAAUGACAUAAUGAAGAAAGCAGAUAAGGAAUAUGUGGAUAGUGUGUUAGUGAAGAAGGCGGAUAAGGAAUAUGUGGAUGAAAAAGAUAAUGAUAAUGAAAAAAUUAUAGAAAGGGUUGAAUGGUAUCAUGAACGGACAUCAAAGAUUUUAAAAACUAAAGCUGAUACAGGAUGGGUUUCAGGAUGUUUAGACCUUAAAGCAGAUAAGGAAUAUGUUAACGAAAAUUAUGCAAAGAAGUCGGAAGUAAAUGAUGUGAUUACAAGCAUGAAAAAUGAAAUACUUCAAACAUUAUAUCCUGUUGGUUCUAUUUAUACAUCAAUGAACUCAACAAACCCCGCAACAGUUUUAGGUUUAGGUGAAUGGAAGCAGAUUGUAGAUAAAUUCUUAUACUGUGCUAGAUAUUCAAAGACGGCAGGAGGUUCAAAGAAAAUAAAUAUUGAAAACCUUCCACCGCACACUCAUACAGGAACUACAAACUUUUCUGGUGACCAUAUCCACUCAUUAAGAGACCAUCCAUUAUACAACUCAGAAUAUUAUGCUGGCAAUGACGUUUUAUCUCCAGAUUAUAACCAUUCGGCAAAAAAGACUUUUCGACCAACUGAACCAGGAGGAAAUCAUUCACACACUUUCACAACAAAUCCAACAGGCUUGGGUAAAGAUUAUAUGCCACCAUUUAUAACUCUAUUCGCAUGGUAUAGAGUUUAUUGA